UUGCUUUUUGGAUUUUACCUUAGAACAAAAAAAACACUUCGUAAACCUAAUUUUGUACGAAUUUAAAAACUUUGUUUUUCUCUCCAAAUAAUAGAUUAAGUUUGAAUUUAAAACAAAACUUUUCAAUGACAAGUAAAUAAACCUAGCUAUAAUAAUACCUAUUGUUUCGCUAUUCGUCCGAGAAGUGCUUUACAUUAGAAAGAAAAAAUAAGUAAAAACAUCACUAACAUUGGAAAGAACUUACACUGAAAACAACAAUGGAUGCGUGCUUGGCUGUUGAAAAAGAACUUAAUCGAGUCAUAACAAAAUUUACAGGGAUUCGUGAGUACAGUGGACUUGUUAUCACAGACGUUGUUCAGUUGCUGAGUGAAAUACAAAAUGCGCUCAAUGAAGCUGGCCAACCAACAGAUGCAGUUGUUACAGAGAGCCAAAUAAAAAUGAUUGCUGAAGCCAUGCAUAAAACUAACGAAAAAUUACAGCGAAUAUCGGCUGAGCACCGAGAAUUGCAUGGCACGGUUAGUAAAGUAGGUAAAGUUGUCGACAAGAACUUUGUUUCGGAUUUCACAGCUACAACAAGAACCGAUGCCCUGCAAAAUGAUCAGAAUAUGAUGCUUUUGAAUAAAGUCAUGGCAAAGCAUUAUUGUCGCCAAGGUAUGGACGAGGUUGCUCAGUCCUUGAUAAAAGAGUCUAGAAUGCAACCCGAGGUAGCACAAGAAGUUUUUGAAUCAGAAAGCAGUUUUGCAGACAUUUAUAAAAUUUGGAAGUCAAUUCAAAAACAUGAUUUGCAGCCAGCGCUAGAAUGGACUGCCAAGAACUCGGAUGAAUUAGUUGAAAAAAAUUCGUCUUUGGAGUUUAAGCUCCAUAAAUUAGCGUUUUUGCAGAUUGUAUCACGUGGUAUGGAGGCUCAAGGCGAAGCUAUUGCAUAUGCUCGAAAUAAUUUUAGCAAAUUUGUCGAUCGCUUUGGAAGCGAGAUUCCCAAUUUGAUGGGAACAUUCAUUUAUUUACCAAAUGGAAUCGAAAACUCCCCCUACAAACACUUAAUCUCUCCGGAGAUGUGGACAGAAGCAUCUUAUAUAUUUUUAAAAGACGCGUGCCAUACACUUGGAAUAAGUAAGAACUCUGUGUUGUCUGUUGUCAUCAACGCUGGAUGCACUGCUUUACCUGCUCUUCUAAAUAUAAAACAGGUCAUGCUCUCAAGACAAGUGCUAAGUAUAUGGAGUGGCCGAGAUGAACUGCCUAUUGAAAUAGACCUAGAUCCAGAGUAUCGAUACCAUUCAAUAUUUGCUUGUCCCAUAUUAAGACAGCAAACUUCUGAAGACAACCCACCAAAGAAAUUAACAUGUGGCCAUGUAAUAUCUAGUGACGCUUUGCUUAAACUCAGUAAUGGACCCAUUCUCAAAUGUCCUUACUGUCCGGUUGAACAGAACUCUGAUGAUGCAGUUAGAAUUUGGUUUUAGAACACGAACUUAAUAUAUAAAUUUCGUCUUAACGUUUAUUGUAUCUAUACUUAUUUGUUUAUUAUUAUUUUUUUGUCUUAACUUUGUUUCUUGCACUCGGAUAUAUUUUAUGAACAAGAAAUAAGGACUUCAUUCAUAAUUUUCACAUUUAUAAUCUAAAAAAAAAGAAAAGUUAUUUGUAUUACAAGCAUUGAAUAAAUGUGUAUGUAGGUAGAA